UUGAGCUGUCUCUUCCCUUCCCUUGCUCUCUCUCUCUCUCUCUCUCUCUCUCUCUCUCUCUCUCUCUCUCUCUCUCUCUCUCUCUCUCUCUCUCUCUCUUCCCUNCACCCACCCACCCACACACACACACACACACAGGUAGCUUGCUUAAUCACCGGUAUCGACGUAAUGGACGGCUCCGCUCAUUUCUCGCAGCCUUCUUUCUCUUCAAGAAAACUGUUGCCGUCUACGCAUAUUCUAUCUAGUCUGCAUGGCAUGGGUGUCCUCGAUACUCCAGGGACACGAGUCGUCCUGUUCAAAAAAACUGCUGACGUCAAGGAUUACUCGUGCCCCUUUCACCCUGCCACCGAAGAGGUCAGAACGUCAGCGUUCCAUGACACGUCAGCACUUCAUGACAUGUCAGCAGUUAACGACACGUCGGCAUCUGACGACACGUCAGCAAUGCACGAUCCGCUCCCGUGGGGCUUUCCCGCCAACCUACAGAGAUCGAGAAUGAGAGGUUCUCGGCGUCCGCCUGCUUUCGUAGCCUCCUGCCUCCCUCUCCCAUUACUACAGGUGCUACUUCACCGCCUCCUCCUCCUCUUCCUCCUCCUCCUCGUCGUCUUCCCUCGCGCAGACGCGAGCAAGAGUGCAAGCUCAGCUAUGGCCGCCGCAGUCAAUCCACAGGAGCCGAUUGAUUGGCAAUCCCGAUCCCAGGGAGACAAAGAUAACGACCUUGAAGGCUAUGGCCGGUCAAUCGUUGGGAUCCCAUCGAUCGAUGGUGAGCGGAACGGGUUCUCCGCGAAGAAGCCCACAAGCGAGGAGCGAAUGGCGGGAAGCAGAUCUACUGCAAUCAUGCGGAAGAAAAUGGCGGGAAGAUCGAUGCACGAGGAGGAGGAAAUGGCGGGAAGAAGGCGGUCUGUCCCGGGGCACGGAAUGACGGCGGAGAGAGGAUCAAUUGCGAUGGGGGGGAGGAUGGCGGGAAAACCGAUCUCAAAGGAAGAAAAGGCGGGAAGAAGGCGGCAUCUCGCGUCGCCGCCGGACGAAAUGGCGGGAAAAACGGCAACGGGAAAACCGAUCUCCGCUGUAGAAAAGGCGGGAAGAUGGCGGCAUCUCGCGGCGCGAGACGAAAUGGUGGGAAAACCGAUCUCAAAAACGGAAGAAAAGGCGAGAAGAAGGCGGCAUCUCGCAGCGCGGGGCGAAAAAAUGGCGGGAAAACUAAUCUCCUCGGAAGAAAAGGCGAAUGCUAUCACAGCAGCUACUAGCAGUCGAAGUUCGCGCACGACGACAAAUCAGAAUCUUCAUCGCGUGAUUCUCCUCGGAAAUUCUUAUCCCAAUCGGACGGAGGACUCCGAUCGACAUCUACAAACUUCCACGAAAGAUCGGACGGCUGAUGCAGUCCUGUCCACGAUCAGCGAAUUGUCCUGGGCUCUUCCCUCAAACAUAACCAGCGAAUCAUUGACCAGCGAAUCAUUGACACAGCCGUUGCCACGUCAGCAUCAUCCGAAAGAAGAAGCACUUCACCGUGCCCGCAACGAUCACUCCACCCCUCCCUCUCUCCAUUCUCCUCCUCCUCCUCCUCCAGCAUCUCCUACAUCAUCUCCUACACCUCCUCCUCCUCCUCCUCCUCCUCCUUCCUCCUCCCCUUUCAACUCUGCUGCAGCUAUGACCGCCCUCUUCGUGACCCCUUCCUUAUCCUUCAACUUAUCGGCACCAUUACCUAUUGAGGAUAUCCAGAGCGGUUUUCUGGACUCACUCGGCAUGCCGCCCGCCGUGUCAUCCUUCGAGUCAGAUGAGGAAUCCAUGUCAGCAUUAGCCCAUAAGAGACCUACCGGACCCCCAUCUGGCCCCUUGCCUGGUAAUGCUACCAAGCCCCCCAGCGUCGGGGGGUACAGGAGGGGUCGCGACCGGCCUCGGGACGGGAUCUCGCGGUAUCUAGACCAAGUGCUACAGAUGUGUCAGAACGGCGGGGGCACAGUGACCAUUCCAGGUGGCACCUACGACGUGCAUCCUUUCAAGAUCGAGUACUGCAAGGGAGUGACACUCAGAAUCGACGGCCAGCUUCGGGGACCGACACCUGGCGGCUCCUCGCGGAACGCCGACGGCCUGAUCUACAUCUACAGGUGCGAGAACUUUCAUCUGACGGGAUCGGGAUCUCUGCAUGGCAAUGGCGAAAGAUGGUGGAAGAAACAUAGUGGCCCGGCCCUCGUUCUUGUCCAGCAAAGCUAUGACGUGUCGGUAUCGGGACUGCAGCUGCUUUCGAGCCCGGCUUUCCAUCUCACGAUCAAUCUCUGCAAUGUGGUGACGGUCGAAAAUAUCCACAUCGAGACCCCGACGGACACUCCUAAUACGGACGGGAUCCACGUGUCAGACACGUACGAGCUGGAUAUCCGCAACUGCUACAUACAAGCAGGUGACGAUAACAUUGCUUUGUAUAAUGGCUGCAAGGGGGUCAGGAUUAGCAAUAUUCGCUGUGUUGGUGGCCAUGGGACAAGCAUUGGCGGCUUGGGAGAAGGAGGAACUAUAGCAUAUAUCCAUGACGUACAGAUAAGCGACAUUACAUACGAAGGGUCGGCAAACGGGGCACGAAUCAAGGCCUGGCCCAACGGACAAGGAUCGGUCGAUAAUGUUGUGUUUAGGAAUCUUAAAAUGAUUAAUGUCCACAUGCCUCUGGUCAUCGACGCGUUCUAUCAUUGCAAUGGUCGUCGAUGCAAGCAAGGAAGCCGCGGUGUGGAGAUCACCAACAUUGUCUUUGACGGUGUGAGAGGGACAGGGUCGGCACUUGAUGGACGGAUGGGGAGGUUAGCUUGUAGUCGAGCAGAGCCGUGCAGAAGCAUACAGCUCAGAAACGUAAACUUAGAGAGCUCCAUUGGCGCGCCGCCAUAUUUCUUUUGCCUGCAGGCGUUCGGUGGCAGCAGCAGUGUCCAGCCUCCUUCAUGCAUAAACAUGGCAGACGGGUGGCCUGACCAGGGAGAUCUGAGGAGCUCAGGGCGCAGAUAUGACGGAGGGGGAGGUGCGACAGGUGCGAGGGUGCCUCCAGGAGGAGGCCAGGGCGGUGGCGCCCCUGGAGGAAGUCAGAGAGACGGGCCAGCCCCUGGCGCAGGUGCAGGAGUAGGGGGAGGGGAUGGAGGAGGGGGAGAAGGGGAGGAAGGAGGAGGAGGAAAGCGAGGUGGAGGACAGGGAGGAGGACAAGAGGGGGGAGGAGGUCCAGGAGAGAAAGGAGGAAAAGGAGGUGAUGGAGGAGGGGAGGAGGGAGGUGGAGGGGAGGCACGACAAGGGUAUUGGGGAGGAGGAGGCGAAGGAGGAGAGGAAGGAGGAGGGGACGGAGGAGGGGACGGAGGAGGGGAAGCCGGAGGCGGAGGUGGAGGGGAGGGAGGAGAAGCUUAUUGGGGAGAAGGAGGGGAAGGAUGGCAAGGCGGGGAGGGAGGAAAUGGAGAGCAGGGAAGUGAUAAAGGAGGGGACUUGGCUGGAGGAGGCGGAGGGUUGGGGUUUGGCGACUAUGCCCGCAGCUCAGCUGAGUCGAUGCAGCAUCCUCUCCUCUGCAAUUGUAGAUUGUUGCAUGCCUUGUGCACACUUUACCUUCCCUUUCACAUUUCGCAUUCGACGCUCGAUGCAAUUUUGAUGGCUCUCAUCACAGCACUUAUGGCUUGGGUUCUCUCUUACUAGAUGUUACGACUCAGAAGCACAUACCGGUGCAGCAGGAUUGGAGCCGUACAUACGCAUACAGUGCAAGUUUUUUGAGGUGAAAUGAAUGUACCUGGCACCAAAUAGCAGACCGAUGCAUGAACAUACGCAUAUAUUUUAAUUUGGUGACUCUUGGUCUGCCAUAUGUACCAAGUUGUCAAGUUCAUUUGCAUUUACCGCUUACAAAACUUACUAGUUACAGACUCACAGACAACAUAAUAUAAGUUUUCCUUUUCCCCUUAAUUACUACGAAAAGAUUGAAAAGAACAAAAAAGGAAAAAGUAAAGAUUCCCCUUCCAG